AUGCGCCGCAUCGGUGAGAAGAGCAGGGCAGGACGGUGGGAGCCCUGCCCCGCUGUCCCCCGCGGCGGCGAACGGGCCGUGCUGGGGGUGCUGACGGAGAACGGGCAGCAGCGUCCCGGCAGCCAGGGUACUGCUGUUAUCAGAUGCUUCUCUGGCUCUGAAAAUGCUCUCCCUUCAUCUGGAAAAAAUGAAUUACCCAACCGUAUGGUCAAUGCUGCAUCAAAGCAAGGGUUUGCUAUCUAUGUUGAUGAAUCGGAAGAGAAAGAGAACUACAACUGCCAGGUGUCUGAAGAGCUGGAAUCAAGCUUGUGUGAACUAGAUACCAGUGUAAUGACAUCCAAUAUUCACCUACUGUUGGAUCUGAGUACAGGAACUCCUAUGUUAGUGGACACAUCCUUCCAGUCCCAGCCUGAGGAUCACAUGGAAGAUUCCAUAACUCUGACUGUAGAAGAGUAUGCUGAAGACAUUCAUAAGUACCUCCGAGAGGCUGAAGUAAGAUUCAGGCCCAAGCCCUACUACAUGAAGAAGCAACCAGAUAUCACAGCAGGAAUGCGUGCUAUCUUGGUUGACUGGCUGGUGGAAGUAGGGGAAGAGUACAAACUUCGGACAGAGACUUUGUAUUUGGCUGUGAACUUCCUGGACAGGUUUCUUUCCUGCAUGUCUGUUCUCAGAGGAAAGCUGCAGCUUGUAGGAACAGCAGCAAUUCUUCUGGCUGCGAAAUAUGAAGAGAUCUACCCACCAGAAGUGAAUGAAUUUGUAUAUAUAACAGAUGAUACAUACACAAAGAGGCAACUGCUAAAAAUGGAGCACCUGCUUCUCAAAGUAUUGGCUUUUGACCUAACAGUCCCAACCAUCAACCAGUUCCUCCUCCAGUAUUUCCAGAGACAUGAAGUCUGUAUCAGAACGGAAAACUUUGCAAGGUAUCUUGCAGAGCUGAGCCUCCUUGAAGCUGAUCCUUUUCUGAAGUACCUUCCUUCACAAACUGCUGCAGCAGCCUACUGUCUAGCAAACUAUACGGUGAACAGGUCUUUCUGGCCGGAAACACUUGCUACAUUCACUGGGUAUUCAUUAAGUGAGAUAGUGCCUUGCCUGACUGAUCUGCAUAAAGCAUGCCUUGAUGUCCCACGUUUCCAACUGCAAGCAGUUAAGGAGAAGUAUAAGCGCUCUAAGUAAGUAAC